AUGGCUAUUCUGAACAUAUUCCAGAGCCUCUCGUUGUCUUCAAUAAUACUAUCCGUUACCGUCCUCGGCUCUCUUGCUUUCUGCCUAACCUUCCUUUCACGCCGCCCCUCUUUCCCUAAAAAUGCACCGCCGCUCUUCCGUGGAGGCUAUCCAAUACUAGGUGCCUAUCAAUUCUUCACUCGGCGAUGGGACUUCUUCCGCCAUGCAAGCGCAGCAAGCCCGUCGGGCAAUUUCAGCUACUAUAUCGGACAGCAUGCCGUCGUCGGUUUGUCUGGCGAUGACUCUCGGAAAGCGUUUUUCGAAAACAGGGGCCUUGGAUUCGCCGAGGGAUAUGCCGUUCUGUUCAACAUGUCGCCAAAGGUUGAUACGGAAAAGGAGGAGGAUAUGGUUUCAGGUUCCUACUUCAGCUCCCGGAUAACCCGCAUGCUCCGCAAGGAGAACUUCGUUAGAGGUCUGCCGCAGCUUAUCAAGGAUACGCGUGCUCGUCUCGACGCCUUGGCCGCUGAUCCGAGUGGUAUCACCGACCCUUUCGAGAGCAUCUAUAAGAUCGUAUACCAGCUAACGAUGCGCACUGUCGGUGCAAAUGAAAUUGCUGACGACCCCGUACUACUCAACAAGACGCUCUCGCUUUUCGAAACAAUAGAGCAUUCUUCCCAACCCAGCACCAUAAUUUUCCCCUGGUUAGCGUCGCCUGCUAUGAUCAGGCGGUAUAUCGCCGGAGGUAAAUUAUACAUGGUCUUCAAGAGCAUCGUGGAUGACAGGAAAAGAACUGGAAGGCGAGAGGACGAUGCAUUGCAGUAUCUGAUUGACCAGGGUGACAGCGUAAACCAGAUUAUUGGCUUCGUCCUCGGUGCCCUCUUCGCCGGCCAACUGAACAGCGGCAUCAACGCCUGCUACGUCCUCUGCUACCUCGCUCAGAACCCGCACUGGCUGUCCGAAGCGCGCAAAGAAAUCACCGCCGCUGGCGCAAAACACUCUACCAACCCCGAUCAGCCCCUGGUGGAGCAGCUCGCCAGUCUCUCACUCGAGGCCUGGGAGACUGAAUUCCCCCUCCUCGACAUGUGCCUCCGCGACAGCAUCCGCCUGCAGCUCCUCGGCACCGCCUUCCGCCGCAAUGUCAGCGGGCACGCCAUCAAAAUCGGCACCGAAGUGAUCCCCAACGGCGCAUUCGCGACCUACCACCUCGACGACGUGCAUCAGGAUCCCGCCAUCUACCCCGACCCGGAGACGUGGGAUCCUUCGCGGUACAUGCCGCACCGCGCCGAGGACAAGAAGAAGCCUCACGCGUUUGUGGGGUGGGGAUCAUCGAUUCACGUGUGUUUGGGCAUGCGUUUUGCGAAGCUGGAGCAGAACAUUAUCGUGGCGUUCUUUGUGGCCAUGUUCGAUUUCGAGGUCACGGAUCGCGAGGGGAGGAGCAUGAAGCUGCCGAAGACGGAUCGGAAUGGACAUGCGGCGAGUAAGCCAUCCAAGCCGGUCUAUCUGAAGUAUCGGGUAAGGGAGAAGUCGGGAGCGUGA